UCGGCCGAAUAAAGGAUCAUUAAAGACCUCUGUCUGCAGACUCUUAAUAUCAGCAAGCCCUUUUUGAUAAAGAAUUUAUCUACAACACUACCUUCGAGCUACCACUGUUAGCGAAACACUUACCUUCAUAAUCGUGUAUAAAGUUGGUGAUAAACAACUUAAAGCCUUUAAUCCGCUUGCUUGCGGACGUCGCCGUAUGCUUCUGGAAAAUCCUGUGGACAUCGUCCACGUUGAUGCGAGACAAGUCUUGAAGACAACGGGUAAAAAAACACCAUAUUCACCGCUUUGGCAGCUGUCAACCGGAAGUAGUUGGGCUGGCUUAUCGUGACCCGGAAGAGACUGCGCAUAAAGCCCAUUGUGUGUGUGUCAGAGCAGGUCUGCCACUCCGCGCCCACACCUGUUACACCACCAACGUUUGAGCAGCUGCACAAAAUGGACAACGAUGAGGAUGGCACUCAGUCACAGGAGCAGUCUGUUGGGGAGCUGCACCCAUGGCCUUAUUUGAAAGAGCUUUUUGAGUUUGUUGGUGCUAAAAGCAACUCCUGGCGAAUGCGUUGUAUCUUGUGCAAACCAAAACCCCAGGAAAUAUUGGCGUUCAAGAACAGUCCGUCAAACCUCAGGAAAGACAUUAAGAGAAAGCACGAGAGAUACCUGGAGAAGUACACCAAGCUAGCUAUUCAGAAAAGGAAGCAUGAGGAAGAUCCGAAUGACCAAGCAACACCCAAGCAGCUGAAACUGUGGGAUACACCUCGUGUAACACAGAAAGAAUUGACAAAGCAACUACAGAGAUGAAAGAGAAUCUCAAGGCGGCGAUGCAUGAUGUGGAGUUCAUAGGGACCACCACUGACUGCUGGACAGCAAACAGAAAGGGCUUCAUCGGUGUCACAGCCCACCGGAUACAUCCUACAAGUCUGCAGCGGUGCUCUGCUGCAUUAGCAUGCAAGCAGCUGAAAGGACCACACAACUUCACUGCACUUGCAGAUGCUCUGACUAAGAUCCAUACAGAGUUCAACAUCAGAGACAAGAUUGUGCGUACAACGACAGAUAGUGGGUCCAGUUUUCUGAAAGCCUUCAGAGUGUACGGUGUCGAUGAUGAAAACAACAAUGCAGAACCAUUCGGGGCAGAGCCAGAUGAAUCAGGAGAGGAGGAUGGUGAAGAGAUCACGAUGGAGGCUGUUGAAGCCGGCCCCUUGCUGGAGCAGGAUGAUGGCCUGGAAUACCAACUGCCAAAGCACCAUCGCUGUGCCUGUCAUCUUCUGAACCUGGUGGCAACAGUUGAUGUCCAAGCAGUGAAUGAAGACCGGAUCUACAUAAAGCUCUCUCGCUCAUCGUUUGUAAAGUGCCAGGCUCUCUGGAACAAGAGCAGCAGAUCCACCUCAGCUACAGAGAUAAUUGAAGAACACUGCAAACUCCAGCUCCUGAGGCCUUGUGAAACAAGGUGGAAUUCUCUCUUCUAUGCUGUUGAGAGGAUUGUACGGAUUGUGAAAGAACAAGGAGACGCAGCCAUUGCAGCGAUCUGCAGCACGCUGAAGAUUCCGAUGUUCAGUCCUGCCGAGAUUGCUUUUCUCACAGAAUAUGCAAAGACCAUGAGCCCAGUUGCAAAAGCAGUUGAUGUUCUUCAGGGUGAGGCAAACGUGCAGAUGGGGUGGCUUGUACCCUCCAUCACACUGCUCAAGUCCAAGCUCCAGAACCUUCAUACCACCUCCAAGUACUGUGGGCCAUUGGUGGAUGCUCUUCAAGCAGGGCUUGAACGUCGCUUUGGAGAGACGCUUGCUGAUCCAGAGCUGAUUGCUGCUGCCAUUCUUGUCCCCAAGUUCAGGACACGCUGGACUACUGAUGAAGGCAUCAUUAAAUGUGGCCUUGACUACAUCAAAACCCACCUGAAGGAGCAGAGUAGUGCAGCACAGUCAGGUGACUCUCUGUCGUCAGCAGAAGAGGAGGACUUCUUUUUGUCAAUCAAGCAGACAGAUCAACGGGACGGUAACACCAAACAACUAGAGUCCUACCUGGCCAGUCCAACUGAUACCAUGGACAUCCUAAAAACAUUUCCAACUGUGUGCCACCUGUCUCUUAAGCUCAACACACCACUACCUGCCUCAGCUGCCUGUGAGAGGCUUUUUAGCACAGCAGGAAUGAUUUUUAGACCCAAGAGGGCUAAGCUGCUUUCUGAGAACUUGGAAAACCUGCUUCUCAUGAAGCUCAACAAAAGGUUUUGUUAAAUUUGUCUUGUUUACAUGCCUUCACAUUAAACUCGCAUAGAGGGAUGGAGUGAUGCAGUGCAGAGGUGGAGAGGGGGUUUAGUGCUGUGUAGGUGUAAACAUGAGUAACAUAUGAGGAGCACAAGUGUUGUCUUUAAUGUGAAGGGUUUUUCAUUGAUCUUCACUGAAUGCAUGGUGUGCAACUUUUUCUUUUUUCCAUUUUCAAUUUCUUUGGCAGGAAGAUUUCACAGUGUUUAUUGUACUGGAAAAUAGCUAGAGAAGCUUAUUUUCAUCUGUAGUUCCUGGGUGUGCCACGUACAAAAACACACCUGUACAGUGUUAAACAUUUGUUACCUGAUGUAUUAAAAAAGUGCUAUUAAAUAAAGUUGCU